AUGGAAGAAGAAGAUUGGCUAUGGAUGUUAGGCCAAGCUGAGCAAGCACAAGUAUCCAACGAUAUCUAUGGAGCUCGAUCAUGGCUAAUUAGUUGUAAAUCUUUAUUUCCUGAUAACUUUCAAGUUCAGCUCUUUGCCUAUAAUUUUGAAAAAAAUUGCAAAAAGUACCGCCAAGCUGCAACUGUUUUAACAACGAUGCUAAAUAAAUUUACUAGCGAAGACAAGCUAUGGCAACUCCUAAGAGACUCCUGCCUUGCCUUAUUUGUUGGUAAUAGUGAAGACAAUGCAGAAUUUGAAGAAAUACUAAAUGAAUUUAGCGAUGAAGAGAGGUUGGGUUUAUUAACUGCUACUGCAGUAUUUGAAAUAGAAGAUAGCGCAAACCUGGCUCUUGGUUCUGCCAGCAAUAAUGGAUACGUUUUACUGCAAUCGGUUUGCGAAGUCACAGCGUCUAUAGAGGAUAGCGAUAACGAAGAUGUAUAUAUGGAACCGAAACCGCCCGACUUUAGACGAAUACGAAAGAGACUACGUUUCGAAUAUUACUUUACUUCUCUCCGUGUUGAUAUGCUUAUUUACGAAGGAGAAUAUGAUGGAGCAAUAAAAUGGAUUAGUAGUCAUUUAUCAAAGACGGAAUUUGACGAAGAAGAUGCUCCACAUUCCGUCAUACGUUUCGUGUUACAACUUGCUAGUUGCUUACUUUGCAUCAAUAAGCAUAAGGAAGGCUGUAGGAAUAUUUUAAAAUUUAUGAUGCUGUACGCUCCAGUAAAUCACAUUCAAUCUUCCAGUGGAACAGACAUGAUUAUAGACUUAUCAAAUGAUAGUAAUAGUAAGCGAUUUAUAAAGUUCAUUCCUUACAUCGACAGCAAUUUAAUGAAGUUCUGUAUUGAGCAUCUACUAUAUUGUUUGCAGAGAGGAAUAACCAGAAGAUCUGACGAUACGGCCAUGGGUCAUAUCAUCGUGUUAUCGCAAUAUGACUGGCCAAAUUACUCAUCUUAUUUUGACUUUGUGACUGAAAAAAUCCUUGAAUCUGGACAAUUUACCUAUCCAUCGUUCUUUGAUUACGUUAUAAAUAUUGAUAUUUUGGAAAUAUUCGCUCAUUUUAAUUCGACACAAGGGGGAGAAAAUGAUAAAAUUAGGCUAUCAUUGUUGGCUAAAACCUCAAGUUCUACAAGAACACGUACAGUUACUAGGGGAUUAAAUAAGGGCGCAAAGGAAGAGUUUCGCAUCGCAAUGGAACGCCAAAUCCUCAAAUGGAAUGACUGCGUCAACGAAAUUCUCCAAAACUUCUUAACUUCAGAACAUCAUUCCAUUCUAUCUUGUUUCUAA